ACCAUGCGCCAGCAGCAACAGCAGCACGACGCGACCUCUGCCGCUGUCUCCAGCGAGGGGAACAAACAUCGACUUAAAUACUGCGUUUAUAUUUAUUUGUGAAUGAUUUCAGGAGCAGAAUAAGUUUUGGAAGCUGGGGAACAAAGAUAACAGAGAUGCUGCGCCUGUCGCUGGUGGUUUGUAGCAGAGGAGUCGCUAAAAGGUUUUCCUCGUCGUUCUCCGGUCUGAACUCUCUACCUCCAAAUUUACUGCUGCCCUCCAACCUUGUUGAUCCUGCCAGAUUAAAGCGUUCACCUCCACCUGCAGACUGCUCCCUGCCCCUUCUGAGGAAGUGCGAUGCUGUCGUUCCUGCUCACCUGAGCCCUGUCCACACGUGGGUGGAGUCUCUGCAGAGCCCAGACAGUGAGCCCUUAGGCUUGGCUCAGCUCCACCCUGACGUUUUCGCGGUGGCUCCAAGGCUUGACAUCCUUCAUAGCGUGGAAAAGUGGCAGAGAAAUUUCAAAAGAAUUAGCCACGCCCACACGAAGGUGAGGUCAGAGGUCAGAGGAGGAGGCAAGAAACCAUGGAGGCAGAAGGGAAGUGGAAGAGCUCGUCAUGGAAGCAUCCGUUCACCGAUAUGGAAAGGAGGUGGCGUGUCUCACGGACCCAGAGGACCCACCAGUUACUACUACAUGUUACCCAUGAAGCUUCGAGUACAAGGACUGAAGGUGGCGCUGAGCUCCAAGAUGGCACAGGACUACCUUUACAUCGUGGACUCCCUGGACAUCCCCACACCAGACUCCCAGUACCUACUGGACCUGAUAAAACACAAACACUGGGGAGAGUCUGUGUUAAUAGUUGAUGUAGGUGAAGAUUUCCCAGAAAACAUUCUUCAGGCCACAGCAAACCUGAAAACAGUGAACAUCAUUCCAGCCAUCGGUCUGAACGUCCACAGCAUGCUGAAACACGAGGCCAUCGUCCUCACACUGCAAACUGUCAGGUUUCUGGAGGAGAAGCUGCUCUGGCACAACGAGCGCUUCACGCCGCUCUACCCGUUUAAACUGCCCUACUCUGACUUCCCAUAGCAAACAUGAAAUGAAUUGACUCUGUUGUUUGAAAAAUGUGUUUAUUAAGUUCAGUAUCAAAAAAACUUAACAAUAAAUAUUUAAAAAAAGUAUCUAAAAUUGAUAAUUGAAUUUGUGAGGCAGGACACCAUUGGCGAGGUCGUUUCUGACUUCCCAGCGGAGCGCAGAGCGUUUCUUCUCUGUUGGCACUACGUAGGUGUUUGGCACCAAAACUCUCCGAGGUUUAGGCUGCGACACAGAAAAAACAGAGACUCGUGUGGAUUCACUGUAAUGAUGUGCACGAGUUAGCACUGACUGCUCAUUGAACCCACAUGAGAUGGGCAGCCUCACCCGUUUCAUAUCCUUUGUUCAGAUGAAGUUAGUCUGAAUAAGUGGCACAGUUUGAUCACAUAAGGCUGUAAAGCUGUAGACCAGCAGCUGCUGUGUCCCUGCAGCCAUGUACACAAGCAUAGAUUUUGUAUGUCUGGUUUUUCUACUUUGUUUUUUGUAAAGGAGUAAAAAACAAGUUUAACUUA